AUGAAGUUCACAUACCUUUUUCUCUUGAGCACUGUUUUAUCCUCAGGAUUGGUUUUUUCCAACCAAGCAUCAGCGUUAACCAUUGAUAAACGCGCAGUAUCCAGGCUUCCUCUUGUGCCUCCUCCCUAUUAUCGGACCCAGAGUAAUAAAUUCAAGCGUGAUGUUCAGAUAGAUCAGGACCCUAAUUAUGAAAAACGCGAACCACAAAGAGGUUCAAGUAGUGGUAGCAAUCUUUACCGAGGUGGAGGUAAUCCCGGCUCUAAGCGUGAAGUCCAAGACCAGAAAGAUAACGAAAAACGCGAACCACAAAGAGGUUCAAGUGAUGGUAGCAAUCUUUACCGAGGUGGAGGUAAUCCCGGUUCUAAGCGUGAAGUCCAAGACCAGAAAGAUAACGAAAAACGCGAACCACAAAGAGGUUCAAGUAGUGGUAGCAAUCUUUACCGAGGUGGAGGUAAUCCCGGUUCUAAGCGUGAA